UGUCUGCUUGUCUCUCCUCUCUCUCUCUCUCUCUCUCAUAAUUUUAACGUUAAUGGAAAAAUCGUCUCUUAAUCCUACUAAUUGAUACAUUCAAUUCCCGAGAGACUUGCCAUUAACACAAACAUGUUCAUAGGGUUUAUUUAUUAAAAACUCUUCUUCAUAGGGUUUUUCUCUCUUGCUUUGCUUGCUGCUACUAAUGCUCUGGUUUGUUUGUUUGUUUGUUCUAGGGUUUUGAACCAACCAUUUUAGCUCAAUUUCGAACUCCCACGACUCUAAAAUUGGAGCUUAUGCUGAUUUAGUAGUUACUUGUUUUCUCGCUCUGGUUUGGAUUUUUAUUUUUUUCCAGAUAUUACUAGUAUAAUUUGUUGUGAUUGAAUUUUUGGAGGUGAUUAGUCAGUUGUUUGAUUAAGAUCGGUGGAAAAUGAGAGAUCUUGUUUGGUUUUGAGAGCAUCGACUGAAUUUUCUGUGGUUAGCUACACUGGAAUAGGUUCAAUCUCUGAAGAAGAUCAAUCAUAGAUGUGAUGUUUACUAAGAUACACUGCACAAACGAGGAUCAAUUGUUGUUUCAAACAUGCAUUUCACAAAGCUCGACGACUCUCCUAUGUUCCGUAAACAGAUGCAAUGCCUGGAGGAGAGUGCUGAAUCCCUGAGGGAAAGAAGUUUAAAAUUUUACAAAGGAUGUCGGAAAUACACUGAAGGACUUGGCGAGGGAUAUGAUGGGGACAUUGCUUUUGCCAGUGCCCUAGAAAAUUUUGGUGGAGGGCAUAAUGAUCCAAUUAGUGUGGCUUUUGGAGGCCCUGUUAUGACAAAAUUUACAAUUGCAUUGAGGGAAAUUGGGACAUACAAAGAAGUUCUCAGAUCUCAGGUUGAACACAUGCUCAAUGACCGGCUACUGCAAUUUGUCAAUAUAGAUUUGCAUGAUGUCAAGGAAGCACGGAAGCGUUUUGACAAGGCUAGCCUUCUUUACGACCAGGCUCGUGAGAAGUUUUUGUCUCUGAGGAAAGGCACAAAGAAUGAUAUAGCUACAGUUUUAGAGGAGGAGCUUCAUAAUACAAGGUCUGCUUUUGAGCAAGCUCGCUUUACCCUGAUAACUGCUCUUUCAAAUGUUGAAGCAAAAAAAAGGUUUGAAUUUUUGGAAGCAGUUAGUGGUACGAUGGAUGCUCAUCUCCGUUACUUCAAACAGGGCUACGAGCUGUUGCAUCAGAUGGAGCCAUAUAUCAAUCAGGUCUUGACUUAUGCACAACAAUCUAGAGAAAGAUCCAACUAUGAGCAGGCAGCUCUUAAUGAAAGGAUGCAAGAGUACAAGCGGCAGGUUGAUCGAGAAAGCAGGUGGUCUUCAGAUGGCUCUAAUGGAUCUCCUAAUGGAGAUGGUAUACAAGCAAUUGGUAGAAGUUCACAUAAAAUGAUAGAAGCAGUUAUGCAAUCUGCUGCAAAGGGAAAGGUUCAAACUAUUCGACAAGGUUAUCUUUCGAAACGUUCCUCAAACUUGAGAGGUGACUGGAAAAGAAGGUUUUUUGUUCUUGAUAGCAGAGGAAUGCUCUAUUAUUAUCGCAAACAGAAUAGCAAACCAUCUGGAUCUGGCAGUCAACUUUCUGGUCAGAGGAAUAGUUCUGAACUUGGUUCUGGACUGCUGAGUCGAUGGCUUUCUUCUCAUUAUCAAGGUGGAGUACAUGAUGAGAAAUCUGUUGCCCAUCACACUGUGAACCUGCUGACAUCAACUAUAAAAAUUGAUGCUGACCAGUCAGAUCUGAGGUUUUGCUUCAGGAUUAUAUCGCCAACGAAGAAUUACACUUUGCAGGCUGAGAGUGCCCUGGAUCAAAUGGAUUGGAUUGAGAAGAUAACCGGGGUUAUUGCUUCAUUGCUGAGUUCUCAGGCUCCUGAGAGGUGUUUGCCUGGUAGUCCCAUGGGAAGUAAUGAUCAUCGGUCUGCUAGUGAGAGUAGUUCAUUUGAGAGUGCUGAUUUUGAUCACGCAGCAGUCGAAGAGUACACAUCCGAAAGGAUUGCCUCUGGAAAUCAUGAACGCACAUCAAGGAGUUCACGUCCCUGUAUAAAAAGUGAGAAGCCAAUUAACAUGCUGCAAAAAGUAUGUGGUAAUGAUAAAUGUGCUGAUUGUGGUGCCCCUGAACCAGACUGGGCAUCCUUAAAUCUUGGUGUUCUUGUCUGCAUUGAAUGUUCUGGGGUUCACCGUAACCUUGGCGUGCACAUAUCGAAGGUAAGGUCACUGACUCUUGAUUUUAAAGUGUGGGAGCCUUCAGUGAUAACAUUGUUUCAGUCUUUGGGAAAUACCUUUGCUAACUCAGUAUGGGAGGAGCUAUUGCAAUCAAGAAGUGGAUUUCAGGUUGAUCUUGUCCCUACAGGCCUGUGCAAGUCUCACAAGCCACAGCUGCUUUUUAUUGGCAAGCCCAGUCAUGCUGAUUCAAUUUCAUCAAAGGAGAAAUUCAUUCAGGCAAAGUAUGCCGAGAAACUUUUUGUUCGGAAGUCCCGGGACAAUGUCGCACAACAUAUCUGGGAGGCUGUUCGUAUUAAUGACAAGAAAGCUGUAUAUCGUCUCAUUGUCAACUCUGAAGCAGAUGUAAAUGCUGUGUACGAGCAAGUGUCUUGUAGAACCUUAACCCUUGCCAAAGUAAUGCUGCUGCAAGAGCAGACAAACCUUGAUCACAAUUCUAGUUACCUACCUGAGGAAUCAUUGUUGAAGUCCUCCUUGAACUCUUCAAACUUAGCAGGCACAAGUAAAGGCCACGCAGUGGAGGAAAUUGAGGGGUGCUCCCUGCUUCACCUUGCUUGUGAAACUGCAGACAUUGGCAUGCUGGAGCUCCUAUUACAAUAUGGUGCAAACAUAAAUGCUUCUGAUUCAAGAGGUCAGACACCACUCCAUCGUUGUAUUGUAGCAGGCAAAGCUACAUUUGUCAAGCUGCUUUUUUCAAGGGGAGCUGAUCCACAGGCUGUUGAUGAGGAAGGUAAAACCCCUCUUGAGCUUGCAGUGGAAUCAAAUUUUGAGGACAGCGACAUUCUUGCUUUAUUAUCCGAUUCAAAUGGCUAAUAUUCUUAAAAUGAUUUGAAUUUUUUUUUUAAUGGGUGUCAGUUCCUUUUAUUUUUUUAAAAUUAUAUUUCAUGAAUUCAAGGCUGAUUACGGCCCCAGUGAGAGAUAUAGUGGCCACAUGGUUUGAGGGUUUGACGAGGAAGGUAGGUUUGCACUCCUGUGUUUACGUGCCUUAGCAAACUGGCGCUAGGAUUGUUAAGACGCCCCAGCUGUCUUGAGCCUAGGGAGUUUGUAAGGUAAUGUAGUGUUUUAUUUGUUUGGUUUCUCCUCGGAUUUGGGGAGUUGUGUCGUGGGUGUUUGUUUGUACAUUUUUUUCAUUUGGUUGAUUUUGUGUUAUAAUGGGCAUGAAUACAACUCUUUGUAUAUUAAGUUAGGUUAAAGCAAGAAAAGUUCUUGUGUCUUGUUUUGAUUAGUUAUUGA